AUGUCACAUACAAGACGACCGGAGCAUACCGGCCCACCUGAAAUCGUAAGCUCUUUCAUAAUUUACACUUUCUGGGUGCAGUUUUAUAACGAGGUCGAGGCCCUGAAGUAUACAUCCAAGUAUGCCUUUUCGUCUUCAUUGCCAAAAUAUGUAGCUCGCAUAUAAUAGAUGUGCAAACGAAACUCUCAGAAAGAGCUCUCGAAUUGUUGGCUCUUCCUGCAGAUGAAUCUGCCAUCCUUUUAGACAUUGGGUAGGAUAAACUGAAAAUCUUGACAUGUGUUUAGAUGUGGUUCCUGUCUAAGUGGCGAGGUCUUAACAGAAAACGGACAUACUUGGAUUGGAAUUGACAUAAGUGCUGCCAUGUUGAAUGUAGCUCGCGAACGAGGUUGUGAAGGCGAUCUAAUUAUGGGUGACAUUGGCGCUUUCAUGCCUUUCCGAAGUGGGUCGUUUGACGGCGCCAUCAGCAUCUCAGCAGUUCAGUGGCUCUUCAACUCUGACAGAGCAAACCACAACCCGAUUCGACGAAUUAGAACAUUUUUCGGAUCACUAUACGCCUGUCUUUCGCGUGGUGCACGUGCCGUUCUCCAAUGCUACCCUGAAAGUAGCCAACAGCUUGACAUCCUUCAGACUGAAGCAGUACGUGCAGGCUUUACUGGUGGCCUUGUCGUCGAUUUUCCUAACAGUACAAGAGCCAAAAAGUGAGUACGUAUGUUUGGGACUGACUAAGAUACGGUUGUAACAUUUUUUGCCGUUAGCCGAAAGCGACGCUAAUUUCUCGCCUUGUGCCCCCAUGAGCUUGUUAACCCUCUCACAGCACUUUAAUACGCAUGUGGUUUCUCCGAAUUUCAUAAUAUAGGAGUGAAUUGUUUUACUUCCCCAAAAAACUCUUGUCUCGUAAACCGUUAGAUGAAAACCUUGUCAGAUAUGCCAUUAUCUCAAAACUGUCGACUCCACCUAAAGUUUUUUUUUCCGGAAUUUGAUUAACUUAUUUACUUCUGUCCCAUCAGUGUAGCCCUUUCUCGACCAGUAACGGAUAUGGUGUAUAGAAACUAGGUUGCCCUAAACGCAUGUAUCAGUUGAUGCUAUUGGUGAUGCUUAAAAUGGCCCUUUGGGAGCGCCCGCGACGAACCCUGACUACAUGACUGGCUUUUGAAGGUCCUUAGAGUAAGUUUAAACUGCACUUGUCCGUCUAGUUUCUAAACCCUUGAAAUAAGACGAAACUCAAAUAGUAUGGGAAAACAAAGUAUAGUCCAGCCUUCUUUGAUGGCCGGCUGCUCGGAACGAUUAUUCGUUUACAUCUCUUGUAUGCUGCUGAUGCGACUGUCAGCCGAGAUACGGCACUACAUAUGCUUUGCGAAAGUUUUAGGUGUCCUUCUGCGUGAUUUAACGAAAGGCAAGAGUCUUUAUCACCAAACGUCCGUCCGCUGCGGACCAGGACCACCACUCGCCGAUGAAACACUGUAACGGCCUGCAGCGUUUUAGCGUUAGUCCUGGGUAAAAAUUAACUUAGACGCCCUUGUGCUCUGAACGGCUCUUCAUGGGCACCGAUUCAUCUCUACCAUCUUCAGGACAGUAUCUAAAACAUAUGACAACGAAAUCCAAGUGUUCGAAGUCCUCAUCGGCCGUUAUGUCCACUCGCGGUCAAUGGUUUUUCGCAAGAUACCGCAGACUUGCCUGUCCAUUAAACGGCCUUAAUCUGACGGUCCGAGCUAGCUAGAGACUAUAAAAAGUGAAAGGGGCAAGUUAUUAAAAAAGUUUCCGUUGCAGGAAGAACGGCCCACUUCCGUGAAACCCAAGAGCGUGCACAAGCUUUCUUUUUUGUCUAAACAAAGGCUAUAUAUGAAAUAAAUAAUGCGGUAAUCUAGCGACCGUCAGAGAGAGUAGCACCGGUUUUCCCGCAUAACCGCUCUAUCGACAGUAAUUUCAUUGACUGACCCCGUCAUCUCUUUCUCAUUGAAUGCCGCUCAUUUCAGUCCAUGCUUAAUGUACGAUGGAUGGAGCGUCUCGAAUGGUCCAUAAGGCGUCCAAUUCAAACUAGACUACACUCUCAGUCCUGGCAGGCCAUAAUAUCCGCAGGUUACGGCAUAUCUUUGAGGUUUGGAAAGUAAACUGGCGAUUCAGCCGCGACGUACGGAGAACGUUUUAGUAUCCUUCCAUGAAAAAUCAGCUACUUUAACAACGCGUUCGCGCGGUGUCAACCCGAUUAAUCGAGUUCUAAAUUUUCUUCAGGUUAUACAUCUCAGUGCAAACUGAUUAUUUGUGAGCAGAGCUUAUGUGGUUUGAUUUUGCACCCCGCUUUUAGGUACUUCUUCGUUCUCGACGUCGGUCCAGGACGCAAUGUCCCACAGGGCUUGUCUGACGAGUCAGAAUCAAAUAGCAUCAACAUCAUCUCCCGAAGUCGGUUGGAAGUCCUUCGCGAAGCGCGCACAUCUAAACGUCCGCCGAAGAAAAGCACCGCUUGGAUAAAGCACAAGAAGGAGGUUGCACGGCAGCGCAUGAAAGAAGUAGCUCACGACUCACGCUACACGGGCCGCAAACGACGUCCCAAAUUUUGA